AUGACUACUGUCCGUACCUUGAUUUCUAUUGCUACUGUUCGACAUUGGCCUCUCUAUCAAAUGGACGUUAAGAAUGCUUUUCUUAACAAUCAUCUCACUGCGAAGGUCAACAUGCGUCCUCCCGCUGGUCUUCUCCACUUCUCUGAACAGACUGCUGUUACCGAGCUUGGGCUUCACUUUUUUACUUUUGACUCUGCUUUGUUUCUGAGACAUACAUCGACUAGUUUUGUUGCUCUUCUACUCUAUGUGGAUGAUAUGAUUAUCUCUGGCUUUGACUCUUCUACUAUCUCUGAGGUCGAGCAACAUCUCUUCUGUACCUUCGAAAUGAAGGAUCUUGGUCCAUUGCAGUAUUUUCUUGGUAUUGAGGCUGCCUCUUCUCCAAAGGGUUAUUUUCUAUCUCAGGCCAAGUAUGCUAAUGAGCUCAACUCUAUUGAUGUUGUCCCUCUGGAUGAUCCUACAGUCUAUCGCGAGCUGGUGGGUUGUUUAGUAUAUUUGAUUGUCAAUCGCCCUGAUUUUGCUUAUGCUAUUCAUGUGUCAUAG